GGUAGAGAGAGAGAAAGAAGAGAGAGAGAAAGAAGAGAGAGCGUCAAUGGCGGAGGGGAAACCGGACGAGCAGCUCUUCCAGCUUCUUUCUGGUCUUCUACAACAGGUGGAAUCAUUGACGAAUACAGAAGAAGUAGAGCUACGUUCUAAGAUCGAAGCUCUCGGUUUAGAACUCACCAAAGUGCCAUCAAAGUCUUCUCAACACCUCAAUGAAAGGCUUAACUUCACUGCCCCUCUCGGUGAUGAUGAUGAUGAUGAGCUUCAUAACAAGGAUGCUACUACCAACAAGAACAACAACAGC